AUGGAGCCUAACCAGCCACCUCAGGCUCUGGACCAUUCAUCGAUUGGUUUACUUAGUAGCUACAGCUGUUACCCGCCGCCACCACUCCCAGGGCAAUCUGAACCUUGGAUGUUGAUGGCUGUGCCUGAACUCACAGCACGCUCUGGCUCUGAGAAUAUUUCGCUACAAAAAACCUACCCUAGUCUGCAACCGUCAAUCAUCCAGCCCGUGCCAUCGUCAUCACCAAUACCACAUUCUGUGAUAAACACACAGCUACAGAAACUAGAAGUUGAUUCCCAGGAUAUUGGGAGCCGAGUAAUCAAGGGGCAGGACAUCCUCGAUUUGGGGCGAAUUAAAAAUCUGUCGUUGUCGGACCACCAGGGCUUGAUCCAGAAUCCCAAGGUAACGAAACUCGAUAUCCGUGAUCAGAUAGCAUUGCAUGAAGCUCUGGUGGAGAAAUUGAAUGCAGAGUACAGAUCAAGAGUAGAUAAUCUCCAGCGAAGUCUUCAUUCCGGAUCUGGCGAAAUAAAGCCAGUGAACAUGAUAAACUUCCGUAAUAUUGACGAAGUCGAGCCUGAGAAGGGGAAGGGGAAGGGGAAGGAGGAAUUACUCAAGGGCCUCAAAGAAUUGGAACAAAAACUAUUUCAACCGAAGAGAUCUAACAGAUUGGGGGAUAUAGCAAAGCAUUACUGUACUGUUGAAGACUGUGAUAAGACUUUUGGCAGGAGUAGCGAUCGCGAACGACAUGAGCGUACUGUCCAUGUACACGGAGGCUCAGGGCCAAAUAGACUCCCUCGUAAAAGAUAUGUCUGCCUUGAGCCUAGUUGCAAAAGAAGCGAAGAAUUUUCUGGUCUCGAGGCUAAAGAAUUUUCACGGAAAGAUAAUGCAAAGGCACAUGUGACCAAAAUCCACAAACUUCGCGGUUUGGAUGCGGUAAAGAAAAUCGGGGAAAGGAAGAUCUUGGUGGGAGAUCUAGAGCAAAAAUCUGAAGGAUGGCCAACUACAAACCCUCAGGAGCCCUUCCCAAUCCAGGCCCGAACUCAUAAGAUAGUUUCCUCUAAGCAUACUGACCUUCAAGCUGAUUAUUUCAGUUUUGAGAGUGGGUUGAAUGCCGAAGUCCUCCGUGGGGACUGGUGGAGUGAUGCCAGAGGAGAACUUUCUUCCCAAACAUCUCAUAAUGAAACCAGUCUCAACAAUGUCGCAAUCUCGAGUUGUUUUUUACCUUCUCAACGGCAAAGUAUUAAUUCUCUACAACUUCACCAAAACCAAAACGAUAUCACAAUUUUGGCGCCACAAUCCCGCAUAGCCGAAGAAAGCAGUGGAGUGAUUACAAUUGGAUAUGUCGAACCGGGUGCGGAGGGUGUGUAA